AGCGGAAACUCGGCCAUCUCCUCCUCCUCCAUCCAGGCUGCACCAGGGUCAGUCCUCACUCACUGUUGGAUAUCUUUCUCGUCCACGCAUUCCCACUCCGCGUGUCUCGUGACCCCGUGGCACUUUAAAACAACACAAUUAAAACCAAAAAGAGGCGAAUAUGCUCCUUUUGGAGCUGGCGUCGUCUUGCAGUCGCCAACUGGCGCCAGCUUAGCUAAGUGCUAGCUAGCUAAUCUCUCCAAGUGCUACCUUUGACCGCUCACGCUGGUAGUUUUUAUCUCCUGGCGUCUGUGGCUUUUGGACCCGAUGUUGCCCCGGGAAGAAGAGAAGGGUUGCAGCUCUCUGUGAAUGAGUGGUGUGCGGGAGGAGAGACCCCGACCGAGACACUGUUCCCGUGUUAACAGACUGCAACGGAGCUUCACGGCCCGACGGUUGCCAUGUCGACCUCAUCGCUACGGCGACAAGUGAAGAACAUCGUCCACAACUAUUCAGAGGCUGAGAUCAAGGUCAGGGAAGCGACGUCCAAUGACCCGUGGGGCCCCAGCAGCUCGCUCAUGUCCGAGAUCGCGGACCUAACCUACAAUGUUGUGGCCUUCUCGGAAAUCAUGAGCAUGGUGUGGAAACGCCUCAAUGACCACGGCAAGAACUGGAGGCACGUGUACAAGGCCAUGACCCUGAUGGAGUAUCUGAUCAAGACGGGCUCAGAACGCGUCGCCCAGCAGUGUCGAGAGAACAUUUACGCCGUUCAGACCCUCAAGGACUUCCAGUACAUCGACAGAGACGGCAAAGACCAGGGAGUGAAUGUGCGAGAGAAAGCCAAACAGCUUGUGACCCUGCUGAAAGACGAAGAGAGACUACGAGAGGAGAGGAUCCACGCCCUCAAAACCAAAGAAAAGAUGGCGCAGACAUCCAGUGCUUCUUCCGCUCCCUCAGCACCCAACCUGGGGGGCAGCCUGUCCCUGGGCUCCCACUCCGGAGGGGCCGACCCCGAGCAGGCGUGGCCGCAGAGCUCCGGGGAGGAGGACCUGCAGCUGCAGUUGGCCUUGGCCAUGAGUAAAGAAGAAGCCGAGCAGACUAGCGCGGACCCUCUGGAGGACGCAGAGAUGUUCUAUGCAAUCACACUCAGCAAAGAGAUGCUCCAAAAGGAGGAGCGGCUCCGCAGAGGCGACGACCUGCGAUUGCAGAUGGCCAUCGAAGAGAGCAGGCGGGAGAAGAAGCCCAAGCCAGAGGAGACUGCUCUCAUGGAGCUGAGUGCCGUGGACCCCUGGGGGCCCCCCGCCGUCGCCGCCACCGCCAUCCCCGCCGGCCCCUCCCCCCCGCCGACCCUUCCCAUCGCCGCGUCCGGCCCGUGGGGCACAACCUCCGCGGACCCGUGGGGCGUGGCCUCGCCCGCCUCUCCUACCAGCGCCGACCCCUGGGGCGGGGGGCCGCCGCCCACCAUAGCCCCUCCCUCCGGCCCCUGGGGAGAGACGUCCAACAGGGUGAACCACGUGGACCCCUGGGGAAGCUCAGCUGUCACACCCCCCAGUGUCGACCCCUGGGGCCCCUCAGUGCCACCCAGCACUUCCUCCUCGGGGGGGCCGGUAGACCCCUGGGCAAAGGAUGGGGCCUCUGACCCACUCACCUCUGACCUGUGGAGUGGCCCCUGCAAACACACAAACGGCACAGGAGAACCAGAGAGACGAGAGUCGUCGGCGAUGGGCUGCAACAGCACCGCCUCGCCCGUGCCCUUUGACCUGUCCUCCCUGGGCUCCUCGCUACCGGUCCGCAAGACACCCGAGUCCUUCCUGGGGCCCAACGCGUCCCUGGUGGACCUGGACUCGCUGGUGUCGUCCAAGCCCAAACCCAAGCAGCCGCCGCCUCCUUCCAUCUCCUCGCAGUCGGCACACAACCCCUUCCUCCAGAACCCAGGCUCCUCCCCCGCCCCCGGCACGGCCGUGACCCCCGGCAGCGCCAUCUCCAGCCGCGGCGUGUCCCCGACGCCGGCCUCCUCCAACCCCUUCAGCGCCACCAUCUCGCCUCAGCCCUCGUCGCUGGGCCUCAGCGCCCUCCGCAGCAGCCCCGUGCCCCCCAACCCCAUGCUGGGCCUGGCGCCGCCCGGCAUGGGCCUGGGCUCCCUGAGCGUGGGCCUGGGCGCCCCGGGUCUGGGACUGGGCAUGAUGCAGCAGGCCAGCCCCAUGGCCACAGGCUACGGCGGGCUCUCUCCCAUGCUGGCCCCAGCAGGGGGCGCCCCUCAGCUGAUUUUGGGCGGACCUAGCGGCGGCGAAGGACCAGUGGGGGGCACGGGGACAAUGACGGGGGCCAGCACAAAUCCUUUCCUCCUUUGAGGGCGUGUCACCACUCACCUGCUGCUCACAAACAUCGUAUUUGUCCAAAAGCAUUUGAGUAAUUCCCCACACUUUGAAAAUGGGGGAUGGAAAUCUAGAUGUAUUUAUUUUCCUCUUCAUCUUCCAGUCCUGAUGAUUGGUGAGCAGGUGUCGGACACACCUGCCGCCUCCUCUUCAAUGAAGACAAACCAUCCUUGAAAUGACAAAGAGUGCAUGAAGAUCUUUUGGGUUUUUUAAUCAUUGACUGAAAAUGACGUUUCAGGCGGUCAAACUAUUUCACGUAAUUUAAACAUAAUUUAUUACUUUUGAGGAAGAAUCAAAUGUGAUCACGCCAUUGAAAAAAAACCCACACAUUUUGUUCCAGUGAGAAAAGAUGAAAGUAUGGAAUAUUUUUAAUGCCUCCUUUUCUGUUGUCUUGUUUCAGUGACGAAGAACUGCACCAUUUUUUUUGUCGUCGACCCGUAUUAUUAAUGCUCACACCAGCUAUUGUCGUCGUCAUCUUUCAUUUACCAGACGCCAUUUCACGUCUGCAAAAAGCUGCAAUGUCCUUCGUUUGUGUGACCACGCUUCUUUGAAAGUCAACCAGAGGAAGAAGACAUGCUGUUCUUUCUACUUGUCAUUUUAUAGCCUGAAGAAAUGCAUAUACAUAUAUAUGUGUAUAUGUAUAUGUACACGUAUACAUAUGUAUGUUUGUUUGUAUAUAUAUAUGUGUGUGUGUGUGUGUGUUUGUGUGUAUAUAUAUAUAUACAUACAUGUAUACA